ACACCGGAUGUGACGUCUUUGGCGGGAAUCACAACAUCAACAGCUAUUGACGUCUAUUUUGAUACGUUGUGUAAUUUGCAGGUUAAAUACUCCCUUUCUGGUAUUUUAAAAGAAUAUUUAACCGGCUAUUUUCUCAAGUUUUUUUUUUUCAAUUGACAUAUGCGCGCUUCAGCUUGUACCAGGAACCGGCUAAAUUUUCACGACGUUAUGUAAGAUUAGCUCAGAUGGCAGUCAUUUAAAAUGAUUUAAAUGUUCAUAGCUCGGUGUUUGUAUUCGGGUUUAGUCCAUUUUCAUUCUAUGUAAACUUGAAUACAUCAGUGGCACCGACACUGGUAAGCAAAAAUGGUGUUAGCAAGCUGUUGCUAACACUGUGAAAGCCGCUUGGAAGACAUAUAUUCCUGUUUUCGACGUUCAAACGACACGAUUUCAGGUCCACCAUGUCCAAGGCCGACAGGGAAAGUUUCAUCGUCAAGUUUGUGGAGAAUGGAGGACGUAGAACCGAAUACGCUGUCAAGGCGUACGAGGCCAUUUUGGAGCUGCAGUCUGACAAGUAUGUGAAAAGAAUAGAAGAGGAGGAUGUCUUCAAAAUGGAGCAGAAGGACAAGUCUUUGUUCGUCUUCAGCAGCUUCAACACACCUGCUUUCCUGCACUGCAAAAAGCUCGGCUGCCGUGUGGUCAGUCCAUUGGUGGUGGUGUACUGUUUGCAGCACCAGCAUUGUGUCCCAAAGGCCGAAACCCCUGUCUACAACAUGGCUAUGGCUGGUGUGACUGUUUCCUGCACCAGUCUGGAUAAAGUAAAACGGACUGAGAUCAUGGAACUGGUGCAGCUCAUGGGUGGACGGAUCUAUCUCGAUCUGAAUGUUACAGUCUCCCACCUGAUAGCUGGAGAGGUCGGCAGCAAGAAAUAUCUGGUGGCUGCCAAUCUGGGCAAACCCAUCCUCCAGCCUUCAUGGGUGGUAGCCUGCUGGGAGAAAUCGCAGGACAGUCUCUUUAGAUACACAGACCUGCCAUUGGAGGACUAUCUGUGCCCUGUGUUGCUUGGCUGCACGAUUUGUGUCACUGGACUUACAAGUUCGGAACGCAAAGAAGUGCAGCGAGUCUGCGAACAGCACGGAGGAAACUACACUGGCCAGCUAAAGCUGAAUGAAAGCACGCACCUCAUUGUGUCAGAGCCCACAGGUCAGAAGUACGAGUGCGCCCGCAAGUGGAACGUGUACUGUGUGACUCUUCACUGGCUGUUCGACAGCAUUGAGAAAGGCUUCUGUCAGGAUGAAAGCAGGUACGCGGUGAAGCGGGACGCAUCAAAGGGAACAAAACCGCACACCUCCACCCCAACUGGCACCGGCAAGAAGGAAGAUGGAGCGUCUCUUUUGGGUGUGAGCCACAUUUCCAUCAACGCCAGCAUGACUAUAAAUGACACUGUCGUCUCCAACGGAACCAUCAGCCGCCUGGACACCCCAGACCCAAUUGAUAAUCUGGAUCUUUCCGUCUUCCCGCCUGAUGAUCUCCUCGAUGGGUACAAACUUUAUCUUUGUGGUCUGCCUCCAAAAAAACUGGAGAAGCUUCGACGCCUGGUGAAUGCUGCCGGUGGUCUGCGUUUUAACCAGCCCAGCAAGGAACUCACACACGUUGUGAUGGGGGAACCGGACCAGGAUCUGAAGAACUUUAUCUCCAAAGAGAGCCGCAGACCACACGUUGUGACGGUUCAGUGGCUGCUGGAAAGUGCAACCAAAGGCACUCUCCUACCUGAGAAAGACUUCCUCCACCCGGAUUGUCUCCCUCCAUCUCCAGCUGCUGCACCAGCUCCGGUCCAUCACCAUUCACCUCCUGGUCGAAUCUCAGCAGGUCCACCGCCAGCCAGCCCCGACACUCCCUCGCACAAACGAGCUGAGGAGGACCUUCUCUCGCAGUACAUGGAUGACGACCCCACAGUUAUUGACGUGGCGCCAGCCCACACUGAAAACAGGAAGUCCAAUUCCACACCACCUGGACCACACAACUGGUCCACCAACCAGACCACCAGAUUAGAACCAGACUCCACCUUGAAUGAAGCCAGUGAAGGAGGCAUGUUUGUCGGGAAACGCUUCCUUCUUGUGGGCUUUGGCGCUGAAGCAGAGUCACUUAUACAUCAGCUGGUGACAGAAAACGGAGGGAAGGUGCUGACGGGUCGCACCAGGGUGGUGGCUGACUAUGCUGUGGUUCCGCUGCUGGGCUGUCCAGUGGAAUCCACAGUGGAUGAGGUGGUCACCGACACAUGGCUGGCCAUGUGCGUGGAGAGCGAAUGUGUGCUGCCAAUUUCCUCCAACCCUCUGUUCACGCCGGUUCCUGUGAUGGAAGGUCGUCUUCCUCUCCAGAGCUGCGUUCUCUCCGUUAGUCAGUUCACGGGUGCAGAGAGAGAGUCGCUGGUGGAGCUUGCGAAAGUCCUCGGUGCCAGUGUACAGGAUUACUUUGUGCGCUCAGCCAAUCAGAAGAAGGCCAUGCUGGCCAGCACUCAUCUUGUGCUGCAAAGUCCAGAUGGUACCAAGUACCAAGCAGCAAAGAAGUGGGGGCUCCCCGCCGUCACCAUGCACUGGAUCCUGGAAUCUGCUCGCACUGGCCUAAAGGCUCCUGAGGAACGCCAUCUGGUCGACCGACCUCCAUCUCCAGAGAGGGAUGAUGAGAGUUUUGUCGGGGCCUCUCAGAGGCUGUCGAGGCAUCCCCCAGGUCAAGUGUCUCCUGAGAUCCCCCUGCUGGGUCCUCAGGGUGGAAAGGCUGUGACUCCUCUGGAUUUAGGGAAAUUCCAGAGCAAGGUGUUUCACAAAGUGGUGGACAAGCUGAAAUCCAAAGGGGACGACUGCACCCCGAAGCAAAACCAGGAGAGCAGCCGAAAAAACACACUGAAGAAUGAACCCUCACUACAGUUGGACACGCCAUCUCGAUUCCUGAGCAGAGACCAGCUCUUCAGGCCCUCGUUCAACGUGAAGGAUGCACUUGGAGCUCUGGAGACUCCGGGUGGAAGAUCUAAACCUGGAGAGAGACCAGAGACACCUCUGACUGACGUCAUCAACCGGAACUUAAAGGUGGCGUUGGCCAACAGCACCCGCACUGGUCACUGCGAUCUGGAGUCCGUUUCUGCCAGCCUCUCGUUCUCAAAACCGGUGACGAACGAGGUUGCAGAAAAAGACGCGUCCCCUCUACAUGGUGUUGUGAUCUGUGUUGCAAAGAAGCUGAGCAAGAUGCAGAGCGAGCUGAACGCCAUUGCUGCCUCUCUGGGAGCAGACUUCAGAUGGUCCUGUGACGACACCGUGACUCACUACAUCUAUCAGGGUCGUGUGGGAGACAACACGCGAGAAUACAGAGGAGUGAAGGAGCGGGGCCUGCAUGUGGUCUCACAGCACUGGCUGCAGGCUUGUGCUGAAGAGCAGAGGCGUGUUCCAGAGACGCUCUAUCCUUUCACCUACAACCCAAAGAUGAGUCUGAAUCUCAGUCAAGUUCCCAUCAGCUCACAGAGGUCCCCAACCUACUCACUGACCCGACUGAAAGAUCAGAGCCAGGUCUCAGAGAACAAGCCCAUCAACGAAGACGAAGACUCCACAACAUCGAGACGCGUCAGUGACGGAAGCGUGGAUCAAGACGAAGCAGAGAAGAGUGAUAUUUCUGAAACAGUAGAAAUGAGAGAGAACCUGCAGCGUCAGCUCCAGGAGAUCAUGUCAGCCACCAAGCUCACGGCAGGGAGGCGGUCUUCAAUGCGACUGACCCGAAGCGGCUCGGGAAGCGCAGAGUCAGGCUCGAACAUGCCUGGUGGACGAGGUGGAAGCAGGCGAACUCUCGAAGCUUUGAGGGUCUCGAGGGACGCCACCCUGGACAUGAACUCAGAACUUUUGCAUAGUGAGCAGAUCGUCUGGGACGACCCCACCGCCAGGGAGGAGAGAACCAAGCUGGUGGACAACCUGGGGUGGCCAGGGGUUCCGUCACAGAGCUUGGAGCAACUCCCCGCCCCACCUCCUCUUUCAGAGACUGGACCCCCCUGCGCUGACUCCAUGACGGACUCGGAGCUUGUAGAGAUGGCGGCGUGCGAUGUUGUCGAGCAACAUAUGCAAAAGCCCAGUGGGUCGUUGCCACCAGCAGGAAGGCCCAAAGAUUACAUCCUCACCCCUGAAGCUCCCAGCAUCGCCUUCCCACUCGCCAAACCUCCCGUCGCUCAGGAGCCUGAGGAGAAGAAGUCGGCACCGAGAUUUCAGCUGUCGUCACUGAGCCCUCAGGAGCGCAUCGACUACAGCCACCUCAUCGAGGAGCUGGGUGGCGUGGUCCUGGACAAGCAGUCCUUCGACUCCAGCUGCUCCCACAUCAUCGUGGGCACACCACUGCGCAAUGAGAAGUACCUGGCUGCCAUGGCAGCUGGAAAGUGGAUCCUGCACCGCUCCUACCUGGAAGCCUGUCGCUCCGUGGGCAGCUUCAUCCAGGAGGAAGACUAUGAGUGGGGCAGCAGCUCCAUUCUGGACGCUCUGCCCAGCAUCCGCACCCAGCAGAAGAGGCUGGCUCUGGCCGCCAUGCGCUGGAGGAGAGCCUUGAUGGGUCGCAGUGGACCAGAGGGCGCGUUCAGUGGCUGGACCGUGAUGCUCAACAUCGACCAGAGCCGAGAGUCUGGUUUCAGGAGGCUGCUGCAGUCCGGUGGUGCAAAGGUGCUGCCCAGUCCGUCCCCGUCGCUGUACAGAGAGGCCACUCAUCUGUUCGCCGACUUCAGUCGACUCAAGCCUGGGGACUUCAGAGUGGAAGUGUCAGAAGCAUCUGCACAUGGAGUCAUCUGUUUGAAACCAGAGUACAUUGCUGACUACCUCAUGCAGGAGCCCACGCCGCCAGUCGAGCAAUACUUCUUGACCGUGUCCUCGUCCGACGACGCCCCCAACACACCGUCACGCAAACGGAAAGCAACAGACGAAACGUCCAGUCUGAAGAAGUCUCGUCUGGACUGAAGCGUUUGUCAUUGUUGUCAUCAGAAGUGAAUGGACAGCUGCAGGAGUAGAAAAAGGUCGAGUCACAGUAGCCGGGUUUCUCCACCAGAGGGCAGUCAAGCAUCAGAGAGUCACAGCGCGUUGGCAGGUUGAAGUGAACUUCUACAAAUCUCCUGACAGGUUUUACACACCUGCUCGUAAAC